AUGUCUCGGAUAUCAUCGAUGGCCUAUAAAUGGAAACAACCGCCACCGAUAAAUGAUGAUUCACGACAUCGUUCACAGAGCAACUCGCGUCUUUUUGACAGAAUCUACGGGCAAAUGCACAGAGGAAAUAAGGCGUUCGAACACACAACGUCGUACGACGAGUCAAUUAGUGGAUUCAUGCGUCGUCGAUUUGCUGGAAACGGUGAAAGGGCGUUGCCUUUGAGAUAUGGAACAAAUCCUCAUCAAAAAGAUGAUGCUGAAUUGUAUAUAGUGGAAGACGAAAUGCCAAUCAAAGUUCUAAACGGAUCACCGGGAUAUAUCAAUAUAUUGGAUGGGCUCAAUGGUUGGCAACUGGUCAAAGAACUGUCUGAUGCCACAAAGAUGCCAGCUGCUGCUUCUUUCAAGCAUGUUUCACCGGCAGGUGCUGCCAUCGGUCUCCCUCUAAAUGAAACUGAAUCUGCCUGCUGCAUGGUAUCUGAUCUUCCAAUCGACACAAAGAAGCCAUCCCUUGCAGCAGCAUACGCUCGUGCCAGAGGAGCAGAUCGGAUGUCCUCAUUUGGUGAUUUCAUUGCUCUUUCUGAAAAAUGUGAUGAACUUACGGCUAAAAUUAUUAACAGAGAAGUGUCUGAUGGAGUUGUGGCCCCUGACUACGAUCCGGCUGCAUUGUCGCUUCUUGCCAAAAAGAAAAAUGGAAAUUACUGUGUGUUGAAGAUCAACCCUAAUUAUCUUCCUUCUGAGACCGAGGAACGUACUGUUUUCGGGUUGAGACUCCGACAAAAACGAAACAAUGCGGUCAUUAAUGCGGAGACAUUCACUAAUGUUGUUGGAAAAGAGAAUGGAAUGAAUAAGCAAGCUGUCGAUGACCUCAUCGUUGCUACGAUUGCUCUAAAGUAUGCUCAGUCGAACAGUGUCUGUUUUGCUCAUCGAGGACAGGUCAUCGGAAUGGGAGCAGGUCAGCAAUCUCGUAUUCAUUGUACAAGAUUGGCUGGUGACAAGGCAAUGAAUUGGUGGCUACGACAACACCCGACAGUCCUCUCACUUCCAUGGAAAAACGCAAUCAAACGAUCAGAAAAAUCGAAUGCAAUCGAUGUUUUGUGCAGUGGAGUACUCGGAUCAGAGAUUGCCAUUGACCAAUGGCAGCAAUACUUCAAUGAACCCGUCGAACCGCUUGCUGAGGAAGAACGCAAGCAAUGGUUGAGCCAACAAACUGGUGUUGUGAUGAGUUCCGAUGCUUUCCUUCCAUUCCGGGACAACGUGGAUUGUGCUAAACAGUUCGGCGUCUCGUAUGUUGCUCAUCCGGGGGGUUCGGUUCGCGAUGAGGAGAUCAAAGAAGCUUGCGACGAACAUGGAAUCACUCUCAUCCACACCGGACUUCGACUCUUCCACCACUAG